AUGGCACAAAGCCUUAUUCAAGAUGCAACUAAAAAGCUAAACAAAGAGAUGGAAUCAAAGUAUAAAAAACUUCAUGAAGACGCUUUAACAGUGUGGCAGAAUAAAGAAAUAAAAUUUGACGUCCAAGUUAUGCAUCUUGGCUUACGAAAAGGAGAAGUUAUGGUCGAUGCAAUUAAUGGGGUAGAAGACACUAAAGGAAAUAACGGCGAAAGAGGCUAUCUUAUCAUUACAAAUCUUAGACUUAUUUGGUUUGCUGAAAGAACACCAAAAACAAAUCUGAGUGUCGGGUAUGAUUGUAUAACAAAUAUUGAAAUCAAGCAAACAAAAUCAAAAUUAAGAGGAAACGUCCAAGCUUUAUAUUUGAGGACAAGAUUUAGAGACACCAGAUAUGAAUUUAUAUAUACCUCACUAAUUGAGAAUUCUCCCAGACUUUUUACGUCUUUUCAAAGCACAUUAAGAAGUUAUGACUCUACUAAGCUUUUCCGUGACUUCAAAAUCAGAGGUGCCAUAAUCCAAGACAAAGAGCUAAUCCUAUUGCCAUCAGAGCAGGUUUAUCAUAAAUAUUCAGGAGUUUGGAACAUCACAACAGAACAAGGCAAUUUAGGCACAAUGUAUAUUUCCAAUAUCCGUGUUGUAUGGUUUGCUAAUUUAGCUGAAAGCUUCAACGUUUCUUUGCCUCAUAUCCAGAUCAAAGGGAUCAAGAAAAAAGACUCUCAAGUCGGCCAAGCUUUAAUUUUAGAAGCCACCAAAAUUAGUGGAAACCAUAUUUUAGGCUUCAGAACUGAAAGAAUUGACGAAAUUUUUUCUGAAAUAAACAGAAUAUGAAGAGUCGCAAUAGAAGCCCCAAUUUUAGGCAUUGAAAUUGCCCACCAAGAAGUCCAAGCCCCAGCUGAACAAGUGAGACAGCCACGAGUGCUUGAUGAUAUUGAAAUUGUGGAGCCUGAGUACGCAGGUCAGCAGCACGCAAGUGCAGCGUAUUUUGUGAGCUCAGCAUCUGCCUCACAAGAAGUGAUUUUUUCACCAGAAUUAGGCUUAGCGAUUGAAAAGCCUCCAAAUGGGAUCUCUUUUGAGCAGCUGUGGAGGAUUAUUUAG